CAGCGACAUUCUUCUUUUUCAUCGAAAAUUUUACUAUUUUUAGUUUAGUUUUUGGUCUGUCAUUAGUGAGCCCAUUUUGCAGGGGUCCCAUCAUAUGACCACUUUCCAAAUCCCGGGUUUGGAUUAUGGAAGUGGUGACAGUUCACCGGACACGGAAGAAGCUCCGCAGGAAAACCAUAUGUGCAUUGAUUGCUAUAGCAUAGCUAUGAAAAUUGUUCAAUUACCCACUGGAGCUCCUCUCCCUGAUAAAUACCUGAUAGUCCAUGAGUUGACAAGCGAAGAGAUAGCUACAUUUGGGAAUGCCCUCAAGGAUUCGGAAAUUGAUCCCGACGGAGAUGACUUCAUUCACUGUGAUAAGUGCAAUUGUUACUACCGUGCUUCUUGUAAGGAGCACCCGCUCUUUUGGGUCAAAGAUCGUGAGCCAGCUAAAAGCUCCAAGCCAGAGGAUCGCGCGAAAAAUACAGCUCCUGCAUUCAUAAGUAUAAAAACGUCGUCCAUACCAAACGCUGGUAUGGGAGCAUUUGCUGAAGCAUGUAUUCCAGUUGGUAUGGUUUUUGGGCCCUAUCAGGGUAUCUUGAUUGAUGAUGCGUCUGACGCAGAAAAAGAUGGGUAUUGCUGGGAGCUAAGAAGCCAUAAUGGCCAACAUUUCAUUGAUGGAAGUAAUACGCAGUAUUCCAACUGGAUGAGAUACAUCAACAGCUCACGACAUGAUAAGGAGCAAAAUCUGCUGGCGUUCCAGUACUGCGGUGGUGUUUACUAUCGAGUGAUCCGGCCCAUCAAAAUAAAGGACGAGCUUCUAGUGUGGUACGGUAAGAAGUUUGGCAAGAGUCUUGGCGUGUUCACGACAUUGCGAUCGAUUAAGAAGGCGACCACAGCUGCCAACAAGAAUCCGUUUAUACUAUGAGUCCUAAGAGCCAAGUCCCAGACACCCGUUCGAUCACUGGUCAGACAUUGUGAUAUACAAAUUAUAGGUGAUUAUUGUUACUUUUAACAUUGCUAACGGCGCGUGUAAAUUUGUUUUUUUACUACCCUGGUGGUUCUUCUCCUACUGUUUAUUUACAUUAUUGUGAAGAGAAUGAUUUGAAUAAAGGAUUCUUCAC